AUGAGCAAUGUGACACUGUCCCGGGACCUGCACGUGAUCCAUGGCAGACUGCUUGCAGAGAACUAUCAUAAUAUUUGGGCGAAGAAGAAGAAACUUGAACUAGAAGCCAAAGGUAGAACAGUACUCUUUACUGAUGAAGGAGGAGGGAACCAUCCCUUACUGGUGCCCUAUGACACACUCACCGCCAGAGAGAAAUACAAAGACAGAGGAAAAGCCCAAGACAUUCUCAAGUUCUUUCAGAUAAAUGGCUACACUGUGUCCAGGGCCAUGAAAGAGCAGGAGUUGGAUACUCCCUCCACAGAGAAGCGUUUUGCCUACACCUUCCUGCAGCAGCUCAUCACUUACGUAGACGAGGCCCACGAACACAUGCUGGAGUCUGGUGAGGAUAACACUUCACAUUGGUUACACUGGUUACGUCACUGGAGUCUGGUGAGGAUAACACUUCACAUUGGUUACACUGGUUACGUCACUGGAGUCUGGUGAGGAUAACACUUCACAUUGGUUACACUGGUUACGUCACUGGAGUCUGGUGAGGAUAACACUUCACAUUGGUUACACUGGUUACGUCACUGGAGUCUGGUGAGGAUAACACUUCACAUUGGUUACACUGGUUACGUCACUGGAGUCUGGUGAGGAUAACACUUCACAUUGGUUACACUGGUUACGUCACUGGAGUCUGGUGAGGAUAACACUUCACAUUGGUUACAC